GUCUCUCCCACGAGCAAUCACACGGAAGUUCUCUGAAAGUGGUCAGUGUUGUAUUUUGACCGUCAUUAUAGUGCGUGACAGUGAUGUGAAGAGAGUCUGAAGUCUGUCGUCCCUGCUUUCCUGCUUCAUCUAUUAACAUACAUUUCAAUCAGCUGUUAUUAAGAGUGAAGAAGCAGACAUGGCUUCUAAUGGCGGCUCUUUGGACGGUCUUCUGUCCUAUGAAACACUUGUGCAUGCAGUAGCCGGCGCGAUGGGCAGUGUGACAGCAAUGACGGUGUUCUUCCCUCUGGACACAGCCAGAAUUCGACUGCAGGUGGACGAGAGCCGAAAGUCCAAAUCCACUCCUGUCAUCCUGGCUGAGAUUGCAAAAGAAGAGGGCGUAAUGUCUCUCUAUCGUGGUUGGUUUCCUGUAAUCUCUAGUCUCUGUUGUUCCAACUUCGUCUAUUUCUACACAUUUAACUCCCUGAAGCGGCUGAUGGUUCUGGAAAAAGGGCAGUCCAGGCCUGGCAGAGACCUUGUCAUGGGCUUUAUCGCAGGGACUGUGAACGUGCUCCUGACUACACCCAUGUGGGUGGUGAACACUCGGCUGAAGCUACAGGGAGCAAAAUUUCGGAACGAAGACCUCCAGCAGACCCACUACAAGGGCAUUUUUGACACUUUCUCCCAGAUCAUAGCUGAUGAGGGGGUCGGAGCUCUGUGGAACGGCACGCUCCCGUCCCUGCUGCUGGUCUUCAAUCCUGCAGUGCAGUUCAUGAUCUAUGAGGCCAUGAAAAGAAGGGCAGGGCAAAAUGGACAGAAGAUUUCAUCCCUUCAGAUCUUCAUCAUCGGAGCCAUCGCAAAAGCUAUUGCGACAACAGCCACUUAUCCACUCCAGACUAUUCAGGCCAUUCUGAGGUUUGGUCAACACAAAUCACAAGAGAAAGGGGGUUUACUGGGCAGCAUGCGCAACCUGGUGAAUUUACUAAUGGACAGAAUCAAACGCAAUGGAGUGCUCAGCCUGUACAAAGGUCUGGAGGCGAAGCUUCUUCAGACGGUGCUGACGGCAGCUCUCAUGUUCAUGGUUUAUGAGAAGAUCACUGCGGUCACCUUCAAAAUGAUGGGCCUCAAUAAGAAGCUGAAGCAUUAACCAGAGGUUAAGCCUUAAAACUAACCAGAUUCAGCCUUUCCCUUUCAGUCGUCCCUUUACCAGUGCAGGGGCUCAGGAAUCACAAAGCUCAACUCAAAUGCCUUUUAAUUGUUUAAUCCACUCAGAUUUUAGAAAUGAGAUUUUCUCUUUUAGCAUGAUUCUUAAUUCUCUACAGUGAACACUGUAUAACGUUAUGAAUUUAUCUUGCUAUAAUUAGCGGUGCUAAAGUUUCCGGACUUUUUCCUCAGCAUAACUAGUUUUUGC